AUGCAGGGAAACCGCGGAUUUCGGUCAGAACAGCAGAACCACGCCCACAGGAAACACCAACAUCAGCAGGAGCAUGAGACCCCAUCCCCCACCAACGGACAGAACCCCAAUACCCAUGAGGGGGUCACCAUCGACCUGAAGAGCUUCAGGAAGCCGGGGGAGAAGACCUACACUCAGCGCGCAGCCGCCUCUUCGUGGGCAACCUACCUCCCGACGUCACAGAUGAAGAGAUGCGCAAAUUGUUUGAGAAAUACGGCAAAGCCGGGGAGAUCUUCAUCCACAAGGACAAAGGAUUCGGCUUCAUCAGGCUGGAGACUCGCACCCUUGCCGAGAUUGCGAAGGCCGAGCUGGACAAUCUUUCCAUUGCGAGGGAUAGGAAAGCAGUUGCAGCGUUCGAUUUGCCUGUCACAGCGCGGCGCUCUCUGUCAGUGUGGGGAACCUCCCUCAGUUUGUCUCCAACGAGUGCUUGUUAGAAGAGGCCCUUCUCCAUAUUCGUGUCAGUGGGGGAGGAGAGCCAUCGUCAUUGGGGACGAUCGCGACCCUUCCUGAGGCCUGUGGAGUUUGCGUCAGAAGCCGAGGCAGCGCGGAAAGCUCUCGAUCGUUGUGUGACGGCUCCUAUCUUCUCACGCAGUUUCCGCGUCCAAUCACUGUAGAAACGAUGGAUCAGCUGGAUGAUGAGGAAGGAUUUUACCGGAGAAACUUAUUGCUAAAAACCAGUCCUACCACAAGGAACGGGAACAACUCCCUCGCUUUGCUCAGCCGGGCAGCUUUGAGUAUGAAUACGCGACGCGUUGGAAGGCCCUGAUAGAGAUGGAGAAGCAGCAGCAGGAACAAGUGGACCGAAACAUCAAAGAUGCCCAAGAGAAGAUGGAGAUGGAGAUGGAGGCUUCAAGACAUGAGCACCAGGUGAUGCUCAUGCGGCAAGAUUUAAUGAGACGGCAAGAAGAAUUGCGCAGAAUGGAGGAGCUGCACAACCAAGAUGUGCAAAAACGCAAGCAGCUGGAGCUCAGACAUGAGGAGGAGCGCAGGAGGCGUGAGGAGGAGACUCGCCGCCAGCAGGAGGAGAUGCUGAGACGCCAGCAGGAAGGGUUCAAGAGCAGCUAUCCAGAUUCUAGAGAAGCUGACAUGAGGAUGGCGCAGAUGGCAAUGCCAGGUGCGAUGGGGAUGAGUAACCGCACCUCCCUGGGGAACAGCAGCGUCGCCGCAGGAAGUGCCACGCCCAGCGGGCCCAGCGCCAUGAUGCCGGAUGCCACUGCAAUGGGCAUGACUCCACCCACAGCAGAUCGCUUUGGUCAAGCCGCGAACUUGGAAUCCCUCGCCGCUGCGACCAAUCAGCAGGCCUUCCAGCGUGGCAGCGCAGCGGCCGAUUACGCGUCCAAGCGCCGCCGAUAUUGA